UCUUCAAACACAAGUCUUCUCUCCCUCUCUUUCCUUUCUGUACGCGUUAACGCCGAAGAUCAAGCUUACAGCUUUUUGAGAGUGAAAAAAUACACUAAAAAAAGAAAAAAGAAAAAAGAUAAUUCGAAUCUAUAGAAAAUUAGCACAUCGAAAUUUACGGCGCGCUUUUCAAUCACUGCUUUUCCAUUAUUUUCUCACUUUUUUUUUGACUUUCUAGGGAACUAUUGAUAAUGUCAAAAGGUGGAACAACUAAUUCCGGCACCAAUGGCAGUUCUAUGCCCGGCGGCCCUACAAGUACUCACCGUCGCCGUGUUCCAGACUCCACCAACAACGUCGAGAAAUCAUUAGACCAUGUACAGAUAUCUUGUGAUAAUUCUCCAGAAGAUGAUGAUUCAGAAACGUCAAUUGAUGAUAAUGUCGGUGGGUAUCAACUUAAUGGUGGUGGCAGCCACCAUCACCAUCACCGCCACCACUACCCGAUGAUUACGUAUUUAUUAGUGCGUAAAAGGGUACCGGAGAAUUGGGUUUUGGGCGUGGAAGAAUCUUUAUUAAGUGCUUAUUCAAUAUUGCACUCUUUGAGAUCAAGAACAAAUAUGGCUCGUGUAAUUUCGGGGCUGCUGUUGAUGCUGGUGGUGGUUACUGCAUUUUUGAAGUUUUCUAUUAUGGCUGGCGGCGGUGGUCAUAGGGAGGUUAAUGGGAUUCUGAUUGUUCAGAAUUUCAACAAUGAUUGGUCUAAUGCUCAGAGAGUCAUGUUUGAUUCUGAUGCAUCUUCCGGCGGCGACCUUAUGCAGAAACGGCGAAUGAAGGAAAUUCCGGCUUGGUUUUAUUGGGAUUUUAGUUCAAGGCUGACAGAUUUCAAAGCAUGUGGUGCAUUAAUGGAGACCGAAUUUUACAAUUUUCUUAUAUUCUUGCAUUUUCUUAGCAGAAACACAUGGAAGAUUUUGGUGGAUAGACUUAGGACUGAUGGUGAACCGUAUAUUGCUCUCCACUUGAGAUACGAGAAAGACAUGCUUGCAUUCACUGGCUGCAGCCACAAUUUAACCGCAGAAGAGGCUGAAGAACUACGGGGCAUGAGGUUUGAUGUCAAGCAUUGGAAAGAGAAAGAGAUAGACAGCAAAGAGAGGAGACUACAGGGAGGCUGCCCAAUGUCUCCUCGGGAGGCAGCAUUGCUUCUCAAGGCCAUGGGAUAUCCCGCCUCAACUAGAAUAUACGUAGUUGCUGGGGAAAUUUACGGUAACAACAGCAUGGAUGCCUUCAGGUCUGAGUACCCAAAUGUUUUCACUCAUUGGACCCUCGCCACAGAAGAAGAGUUGGUGCCAUUCAGGCUUUAUCAGAACCGCCUCGCAGCCUUAGAUCACUUUGUAGCUGUAGAAAGUGAUGUCUUUGUUUACACAUAUGACGGUAAUAUGGCAAAGGCCGUGCAAGGGCAUAGGAGGUUUGAGGGAUUUAGGAAGACAAUAAAUCCGGACAGGCUCAAUUUUGUCAGACUGAUAGAUUUGUUUGACAAUGGAGCAAUCUCUUGGGAGAAUUUCGCUUCUGAAGUCAAGAGCUUACACUCGAACAGACUCGGAGCACCAUACCCUAGACAAGCAGGCGAAUCACCAAGACUUGAGGAGAGCUUUUAUGCAAAUCCUUUUCCUGGAUGUGUUUGUAAUAAAUCUGAGCAGCAAAGAAUGCGUCAGCAACUCAUCCAUAAACCUAACCUGAGAGUUGCUUCACAAAGAUAAGAGUUCCAUUUUGUCUCAACUGUGAAUCAUACGAAUAAUACACGUCCACUUUGUUGGAUCCAGAUUUUCAUCCUUCAGGAUACCAUCAGAAGAGGAUCACAGAGUUGCAGCAGAUGAUAUAUUGAUAUCAAAGGUUUGAUGUGUGAUUGGUUAAGAUAUCAGAAUGCGCAGUACAGGAUUAAAGCGAUUUUGCUAUGUUGAUAAACACGAGAUAGCAGAUACACUGCAUUAUUGCUUUCUGAUACUGGAGCAUAGGAUUUCAUAUUUGUUCAUAUGUAUUUUCUUCACUAGGGUGGUAGAAAAUGGUGAAGUACAGAUUUUUUAUUCUAUUUAUUCAUUCUUAUUAUUAUCCUCGACUAGAUUAUAUUAUAUAGCCAAACAGGCUUUUUGCUUGAUGUAACUAUUGAUGAAUCUCAUGAUAAAUUUUUUCAAGAAAAGAUUGUUCUUGUUAUAAA